AUGUCAGUAAAUGAUUCGUCAAUCAUGGAUAAGCUAGCGACAAUGCUGGUCAUUCUUGUCACAUUUUCCUUGUGCAAGCAUGCCUUUACUGAAAACCAAUUUUUCCUUAAAGUACCUAAUCAACAUGAAGAUUUGCAAGUAUGCAUAUUUAAUAUUAUAAAGACGUAUUUUGACCAAUACAUAAACCUUGCAUAUAUCGACAUAAACGGCGAUCAAGAAAUUAUUAAAACCGUGAACUCCGCUUUAGUCGUAAGUGUUACUUCAAGAACGUCGAAAAUAAUAAAUUUAGAAGCAAAUGAAGGCUAUUUGAUAACUGCAAGGAAUGUCAACGAUUUUACCUACAGGUUUCCUUUCGUUGCGCAAGAACUUUUUUGGAAUCCAUACGGUCGAUUUUUAAUUGUAAUAAAACAUCUCCUCAAGGAGGACAUUACGACUAUCUUUGAUCUCUUAUUAAAGCUACAUGUCAUGAAUGUUGUCGUUGUUGACGAAGCUGAUACUAGUUUGUAUACCUAUAAUCCGUUUGAGAACUACUUGUGUGGUAAAAGUUACGAAAGAAUCAUUGAUUACGGAAAAUGCUUAAAACCGUACACCAAAGACUUGUAUCCCAACAAAUUAGUGACUGAUCUUAAAAAUUGUACUUUUAGAGUUCAUUGCCCGCACUGGCCACCUUUCUCCAUGGAUCCCCUAAAAAGGAACAUUAACCUGCCUGGAAUUGAGGAUUUCGUAUUAAACGAAAUAAGUGAUAUAGAACAAUUUAAAGUUAAUUAUUCGUAUGUAGUGGAUGGAGAAAUAUUUACAGUUAUUCAAGAAAAUUCAUUGGUACUUGGUCCUUUAGAUUCAUUACAAAACGGUGAAACAGACAUUAUUUUAGGCGGGAUGUUACUGACACAACAGAGGGCCAGGGUAUUUAGUUACAUUUGCAGUCAUUUAGCUUACGUUGAUGAAGUUAGAUUCUUAGUCAAAAAGGCAACAAUCGUUUCGCCUUUAAAGAAUAUAUAUUUGGAAUUCAAUAUCAUUGUAUGGAUAACGUUACUUUUCUCAUUCGUCGCAUAUUUUAUAUUUUUUGUUGUUGUGGUUCGACCAAAGGAUUCGGGGCAAGCUUGUUUGAAUAUGUUAGCAUAUAUGUUUCUUAGUGGUACGAAAAUUAAAAACCGUCGGACGAGAAUCAUACUUAUUUCAUGGAUUUGGUUCGCGUAUUUAAUAAAUGCCUAUUAUCAAACAACCUUAGUGAGUAUCACCUCACAUCCUCAUAACUCUUAUCAACCAUCCGACGUCAACGACAUCGUUGAAUACGAGUUGAAGCCUUGCGUGAGUAAAGUGGUUAGAGAUUUUUUAUCCAUAGAAGAUUUACCUAUUAGUGACAGCCCAAAUGAUAAUUGUCUUAAACUACUCGACAGCAUUCAAACGGUCAGUCGUUCAUUUUCCAAAUUUACAGUUGUCUUUUAUUCCAUGUACGCUUACAAUGAACGUAGCUUCUACGACGAAAUGGGAGAUCCAAUGAUUUAUUCAUUUAAAAAUCCUCUAAGUAAACUUGUCUACGGCAUAUAUCUGUAUAAAGGUUUCCCUUUACAAGAGAGGCUAUAUAAGCAUGUACUAAAGAUGAGAGAGAGUGGUUUGAUCCAACAACACAUAAAACGUCUACACUGGCAGAACAGCAAAAAGUACCGUUUCAACGAAAAACUUAGAAAAUCAUAUUAUAUUAUACCUUGGUGUAUUCUAAUUCCCGGUCAAGCGAUAGCCACUGCUGUACUUGUUCUAGAAAUAUUUUACAAAAAGCUCACUAAUUCUAUAAGACGUAGACGUGGAUAUUGA